ACCCCAUUGUUUUUUUUGGUCGAGUCGGAUGAAAAUCGAGCUCGUGCCACAUCUUCCUGCAGCCGUUAAAGCUUCUAAGCAUCGCAUGUAGGUUGUAGAUAGACAAACAACUAAGACGCUGAAGUUGAUGGUGAAUUCUAUCCGCUGAAGACGACGUCAAAGUGAACCGACCUAAGCGGACUUUUCUCCCGUGAAACUCCAAAAUCAUCCCCUCCAAAGGAGAGCAAAAAACAAAAGUAGUCGUCCAAAAACUAAAGAAGCGGGAGUGUCGAGAGCUUCCAGCGACAGUGUCGAAAACAUCAGCCGAGCAAUCACCAUUGUCGACGGGAGCGUUGCAUCAUGGGAAAACAGAACAGCAAGCUCCGGCCCGAGGUAUUGAACGAUUUACGAGAGAACACGGAGUUCACCGACCACGAGCUGCAGGAGUGGUACCGCGGCUUCCUCAAGGACUGCCCCACGGGUCACCUGACCGUGGAGGAAUUCAAGAAGAUCUACGCUAACUUUUUCCCUUACGGAGACGCCUCCAAGUUCGCCGAGCACGUCUUCCGCACGUUUGACACCAACGGCGACGCCACCAUCGACUUCAGGGAGUUUAUCAUCGCACUGAGCGUGACGUCGCGCGGCGGGCUGGAGCAAAAACUGCGCUGGGCCUUCAGCAUGUACGACCUGGAUGGGAACGGAUACAUUAGCCGGGCCGAGAUGCUGGAGAUAGUCCAGGCCAUUUAUAAGAUGGUUUCUUCGGUGAUGAAAAUGCCCGAGGAUGAAUCCACACCGGAGAAGCGCACAGAUAAGAUCUUCAGACAGAUGGACAUCGAUAAUGACGGUCGUUUGUCCUUGGAGGAGUUCAUCAAAGGUGCCAAAAGCGACCCGUCCAUCGUGCGACUGCUGCAGUCCGAUCAGGGAACCUCUCGUCAGUUCUGAAGCAAAAAAAAAAACUCACGUGCACCGAAGCAUGUACAGCACUCCAUGACGUCUUAUUGUUUACAAUCGGGGUUUCCCAAAUACGGUUUGACUCAAAGUUACAAAUGUGGUUCCUCUGCUAAAAUCAAUCACGCGCUGUCGUGACGACGUUUAAUAACAAAUUAGUAAGCUCACAAAAUGUGACCCAUUUUGAGUCCAGACCGUCGUUUUGGGAAAUCCUGCUUUUCAUAAUUCUAUUUUUGUGGCUUCUUUUCUCUGAACUGUUGCGCUUUUCUUUGUGUGUAAAAUCUUUGAUCCUGAAAUGGAUUUUACUUGUCCUGCAAAAAAAAAAAAAAAAAAAAAAAAAAAUCAAGUGCCAUAUCGUAUAUUUAUAUUGACUGGAUUCCUCACAUCGCAAGUAUUAAGAAUCUCGCUGCGUUACUGCGUUGGGAUUUGAUUCGCUUCAACGGUGUUGCUCGGGAAUGCUCGAUGGCUGUUUUACACAAAUGAUGUAUAUGCCUUUUAGUAUCGCAUGCACUUUGUGAUAUACUCAACGUAGGCGACUUUAAAUAGAGAGACCGUGGCUGUUUUUCAUGGUUUAUUAUUGUAACAAAUGUUUUCAUACAAUUGAAAUAAAGUUUGUGUAAGAAAAAUCUACACAA